CUCCCCCCUACCCUCUCCUGUGUAAACAAACCUGAUGGAGCUACUGUUUACCUGUUGCUGAUAAUUACUGUUGUGACCCCCUCCAGUAGGACUAUGACCUAGAUAACUACAGAAAUAAUGAUAACUAAUAGUGAUAGAGCUGUGAGGACAAGAGAAAAUAAUGCAGAGGGCAAUGAUGAAGAUCUAAACUCAGAAAACUAUUUUCUGGAGGUUCGUGUCCCACAUUCGGCAGCUGCAAGUGAAUUACCAACUGUGAAUUCACUGGAUACUAGUGGAGAUGGAUUCUUUUCUCAGGAGGCAGUAUUGAUUACAGAAUGUGAUGGAGAAUCAUAUAAUACAGAUGCCACACUACACUUCUGUAGACGAAGAAUACUGAAACCUCGUGAUGCUGUCUGUACCCUCUUAGGAUAUCGUUCAUGGAUUAAAGACAGCGCUGACCAGUGUUCAUGUAUGAAGGUCUUCAAUUUUGCAUAUUUUAUCUUCUUCUUCCUUGGCCUCUGCAUAGGACCUGUUCUGCAGUACAACAUCUGUCUUAAAAGAGAUCAGGGAGUAGGAAAUGAAGUGUUACUGAUUUCUGAAAAUUUGACUUCUUAUGAUGACGGAGACAGUCACUGGUGCUCUGGGAGCUUGGUCUUUGUAUACAUCAUUCCCAGCAUGAUGUUUUAUCUGGCAUAUUUAGUAACAUGUAUUAUCCUGAGACUAGGUGAAUCAGAACAUCUGCAAACAUUAUUAGAAAGGGUCUAUCUGUUAGCAUCGUGUUCACCAUGGGAACUAGUGAAGCAGCGUCGUCUCUGGUGUAUUUUUGUGAUGUGGCUGUUGCUGGGGGUCACAUGUUUGAUCUUAUCCCUCGCUUCUAUGAUACUGCAUAUUUUUGCUGCAACACAUAUUUCAUACACCUUCAUACAUCCUCAAAGUAAAACAGAGGCAAUACUCCUGUGUGCUGGUGCAUUAGGAUCACUGUGGUUGGGAGAUGUCGUGGUGGUGAUGGGCGUGCUGUUGUACUGUACACAAUGUCACUUACUCUCCAGGCUUCUUGACAUCAUCAGAACGACAUUAUAUCAGGGUACAACUUCACUUAUGGGUAUCAAAAAGCAAAUUGAUGAAACUUCGAGAUUUCUGCGCCAUCUGAACCAAGAACUUGGCUUAAGUGUUGGAUUGUACCUUUGUCUUGUUGCUUUCAGAGGUAUUACAGCUGCUACAAGCCUUUUCUCAACAAUUAAACAUUAUGAAAUCUCAGGAGGGUCAGAAGUUCUUGGUGUUAACAGCAUGCAGAGAAAUUCUAAAAAUAGCUCUGACAUAAGCAGAGAACCUGCUUUUGCAGAGGAUACAAUAUUAGAUAAUACUAAAUUGUGGCUGCAUAUCUCAGCCAUGAUUACCAACAUUCUACCAUGGCUUCUGCUGACUUUAAUGCCACUCUGCAUGGCUGCACGAGUCUCAAGCAAUUACCAGACACUGAACAAGGCUGGGUGCCAAUUACAUGGCCGACCCUUUGGCUAUCAGUCAACACCUCAGCAGGACAUCGAUUCAUUUUUACUGUACGUUUCCAAUUUACAUUUGCAGGCAAAGAUAUUAUGGAUUCCUGUAAGGACUUAUUUUCUUGUGUCAGUACUAGUUUUAUCAGUCAUGAGCUUGAUCAUUCUGAGUUAUUUAUAUGUCUAAGUAAUGAAAAUUGUUGAUGUAAAGCUUUUAAAAUUAGUAGAAAAAUACUGUACAUUGUAUCCAAAAUAUGUUCUGUGAUAUGAUUAGGUGUAUUGGUAUUGCUAGUCUGCCUUCAGAACACUUGCUGUAUAAUUUUGGCCAUCUGUAACAUUACAUGGAAAGCUCACGUAAAAAACCUUCCACAAAACUGAUUGCUACAAGUUAUUAUAUUCAUGGGUAUGCAAAAACUGUAGGGAACAUAUUGUGCCUGGGAACUGGAGGUAAUUAAGCUUGAUCCAAGGAAGUGGAUAAUAGCUCCAAUUCCCUGAUCAAGAGCUUUUCACUAGUGUCAAAGUAACCCCCUUCAACAACUCUACAACUUAAUCCUCUUACACUUAAACACACUUUUUAAAUAACCCUGGCUUAUUAUGGAUAAGUGCUGGAAUAAGUUGACAGGAAGUGACAAAGACACUUAUGUUUGCAGAGAAACCUUAAUUGCAACAUUUCAUCCAGGACUGGGCUUUAGCAUGUAUACAAAAACAGACUCACAGCCUUAUAAGACAAACAAGAACCCUGAGGUCAGGCUCAGCAGAGGUCACAAGUGAGGUCAUGGGGAGAGAGAGAGAGGUCAGACAAUAUACUUAUUUAGGUGCCAGUGUCAAGGGUAAGGAGGAUGAGGAGCAGGGUCAGGUCCAUAGGAAACAUGAAACAAUAUAUGAGAUGUAGAUGAUUUAUCUGUAAUAUAAAUGUUUUCUAUGAACUUAACCCUGUACCAUUCUCCACCCCCAGCACACUGACAUCUAAAUAUGCAUAUUGUUUAAUCAGUCUCUUUCCCAGUGACCUCACUUGUGACCUAUCUGAACCUGACCUCAGUGUCUUUCUCGCUUUAUUACACAAUAUUGUUAGGCCUUGAUGAACUGUCAAAGUUGGACCGAAAAAUUGUCAUAAGUUUCAGUCUUCUAUGUGCAGAUUGUUUGUAUAAAAAUACUUUUGUUCUAAUCUCUUUGUUAAUGGAGUGAAUGAUGGUGAAAAUGUUUCUUUCUCGGUUUCCCUAUCUCAGUGGGAGAUGGCAGUAUGUUAAAAAAAUAUAUAAAUACACCUACCAUCCGACUUACGACCAAGCUUGGUUCCGUCCAACCGGUCGUAAGUCGAAAUGGACGUAAGUCGAACCUUUGAAAAUUGCCGACAUAUUGGGUAGGGCAUAAUGUCAAAACUUUCCUAUAUAAACUACCUACAUAAUACUGUAAUGUAAUGUACAAUCAUUAUUUCAUUCUUUUUACCAUAAUUUACAAAUAUUGUUGUAUUUUAAUUAUUUAUGUACUGUAUAUAAUGUAUACAUGGUAAUGAUAUGUAUUGUAAAUUUUACAUCGCAUACAGUAUCAUAUGUUACUAUUAUCUUUAUGUAUUGUCGACACAGUGGAAUGGGAGAAUACCACUGGUAGUGUCAUCCAGCCAGAAUGUUGUAUAACCUAUACCCUAAGUAAAGAGAAAACUCUGGAACAUGUGUAAUACGUAUCCGGCUGGGUGGCCGGGUCUGUGGUUGGCCGGGUGGGUGGCUG